GUUGGGGUCAGGCCACAGACCACACCCCUGACUAGAGGCUUCCAUGCCUGUAGGCUCUGCAUGGGGGGAAGUGUGGGGCCCAGGAGUCAUUCAGAGAGACCUGUAGCUGACAACAGUGGCCCUGGGGGUAUCAAGGGCUGAGGACCAUCUUGGGGUCCCACACACAGCUGCUGCGUGCACAGACAAGCGGUUCUGUGACCCCCUUCCCUUCCCUCCUGGCCUAUGUCUCUGAGCUGACGGGGGCUCUUAGGCAUGGAGGAGGGUAGGGUGUCAUGAAGCCAAUGUGGGUCAUCCUUGGGUGGAUCCUGCUGGUGCCCAGGGUAGGGACCACCCAGAGAGAACCCCCAGAAGAGGCAUCCUUCUACUACGGAAACUUUCCACCUGGCUUCUCCUGGGGUGUGGGCAGUUCUGCCUACCAGACAGAAGGUGCGUGGGACCAGGAUGGGAAAGGGCCCAGCAUCUGGGAUGCCUUCACACAUGGCAGAAAAGGGCUGGCGUUAGAAGGUGACACAGCAGACACAGCCUGUGACAGCUACUAUAAAGUUCAGGAGGACAUUGCCCUGCUGAAGGAACUACAAGUUAGCCACUACCGAUUUUCCCUGUCUUGGCCGAGGCUCCUGCCCACGGGGGUCAGAGCCGAACAGGUGAACAAGCAGGGAAUCAAAUUCUACAGCGAUUUCAUUGACGAGCUUCUGAAGAGCAACAUCACCCCCAUUGUGACCUUGCACCACUGGGAUCUGCCACAGAUGCUCCAAGUGACAUAUGGUGGGUGGCAGAAUGUGAGUAUGACCCAAUACUUCAGGGACUAUGCUGACCUGUGUUUCGAGGUCUUUGGGGACCGAGUGAAGCAUUGGCUCACAUUCAGUGAUCCUCGGACAAUGGUAGAGAAGGGGUAUGAGAUCGGUCUCCACGCACCAGGGCUGAGGCUCCAGGGCACUGGCCUGUACAUGGCUGCACACCAUAUCCUUAAGGCACACGCCCAAGCUUGGCAUUCUUAUAACGACACGUGGCGCAGCAAACAGCAAGGCCUAGUGGGGAUCUCACUGAACUGUGACUGGGGGGAACCUGUGGACAUCGACAACCCCGAGGAUGUUGAGGCCGCUGAGCGAUACCUGCAAUUCUGUCUCGGUUGGUUUGCGAACCCUAUUUACGCUGGUGACUACCCCCAAGUCAUGAAGGACCACAUUGGAACAAAGAGUGCUGAGCAAGGCCUGGAGAUGUCGAGGCUGCCCACGUUCUCCCUGCAGGAGAAGAGCUACCUUAAAGGCACAGCUGACUUCCUGGGACUGGGCCAUUUUACCACUCGAUACAUUACUGAAAGGAAAUAUCCCUCCCACCAGGGGCCCAGCUACCAGAAUGACCGUGGCUUGGUGGAACUUGUGGACCCCAACUGGCCAGAAAUGGGAUCUCCAUGGCUCUAUUCUGUGCCGUGGGGAUUCAGGAGGCUUCUCAACUUUGCCCAGACUCAGUACGGUGAUCCUCCCAUAUUUGUGACAGAAAGUGGAGCGCCCCAAAAGUUACACUGCGCUCAGUUCUGCGAUAUGUGGAGAAUUCAGUAUCUCAAAGGAUACAUCAAUGAAAUGUUAAAAGCUAUAAAAGAUGGUGUGGACAUAAAAGGGUAUACUUCCUGGUCUCUGUUGGAUAAGUUUGAAUGGGAGAAAGGCUAUGAAGAUAAAUAUGGAUUCUACCAUGUUAAAUUCAAUGUGAGAAACAAGCCUCGAUACCCCAAGGCUUCUGUUCGGUAUUACAAGGAGCUCAUCAGAGCCAAUGGGUUUCCAAGCCCACAGGAGGUGGAAAGUUGGCGUCUCAAAGCCUUGGAAACUUGCUCCAUCAACAACCAGAUGCUCGCCAUAGAGCCCUUGCUUAGGCACAUGCACAUGGCUUCAGAGAUUGUGGUCCCCACAGUCUGCGCCCUCUCCAUCCUCAUUGCUGCCCUGCUGCUGACACUUCUCCUCAGGAGCCACAGCUGACAUGGGAUCAUCUCCACCUUCAUCUGUCAGAGCCUCUCCAGGACCACUCUUCUUCUCUGCUUCAAAAGUUCAUGUGAUGUCUAUUUUUUUGGCUCUCAAAAUUAACUCACUCUUUCCCCUUUUUGUUUUGUGCUGGGAUUUAAGAAUAAGAAAAUAAAAAUAAGCAUAAGUAAAAUGAAAGAAACCUGUAGUCUC